UUCUCAAACAUUGACUUUGAAUUAUUCUACAGCUUGCUUACAAAGAAUUCUUUGUCAUUAUAUUAAAAUUUAUCACCAACAAUUUUUUAAAUUGCUUGAUCACCAAUUGGUAGCUCAAUAUUAAAUGGAUUGCAAAACUUCCACCAAAAUGUCUGAAUUUCAUACAAUUUUGAUCAUCUCAUAAAAUUCAAGCUAAGUUUAUUAUAAAAAGUUAUGAUAUUAUUCAUGAAUUGUAAGAUGGGGUGCAAGUCAACUUAUGGAUUACUAUUGCUGUUUUUGAUGUUGUUAAGUUUGACAUGUCAAAGUUGUUAUGGAUCUGAGGCAUUUGGAUUUAAUAUCCUUCAUAGAUUUUCUGAUCCUGUUAACACAAUUUUCAACAAUGAUUACGGGUUUCCAGAGAAGGGAACGGUUGAUUACUACGCAGCAAUGGCUCAUCGUGAUCGUGUUUUCCAUGGCCGCAGAUUAGCAGGAGAAAAGGCUAAUGACAGCACCCUCACCUUUGCUUCUGGGAACACCACUUACCAUAUCGCUGAACUUGGAUUUUUAUAUUACGCGAAUGUGUCUGUAGGAACACCGGAAUCAUGGUUUCUAGUGGCUCUUGAUACAGGCAGUCAUAUUUUCUGGCUACCGUGUGACUGCGUGCCUAAUUGUGUCACGCAAUUGCAAUUCAGUUCUGAUGAGGUUUUAGACUUCAACAUAUACAGCUUACGUACUUCAUCGACAGGAACCCAACUUCCAUGCAGUAGCCCUCUCUGUCAGAACAGCCUAAGCUGCGUUUCAUCAGAAGGCCGAUGCCCCUACGGAGUUCAUUAUCUACAAGCAAACACUUCAUCUUCUGGUUACAUGGUAGAGGAUGUAUUGCAUCUUUCAAUGAACUCUAAUUCUUCAGCGCGCAUCAAUGCUAAGAUUCCUUUCGGCUGUGGUGUCCGUCAGACUGGUUCUUUCUUGAGUAAUGGAGCUCCAAACGGCCUGCUUGGACUUACUAUGGAUCCCAUUUCACUACCAAGCGUCUUAGCAAGUCAAAACCUUACAUCAAAUUCUUAUUCCAUGUGUUUCACUGGAGAUGGCAUUGGUAAAAUAAUCUUCGGAGAUAGAGACAGCAAUGAACAAGGCGAAACACCACUCAGUACUGAUGAUCCAUUGAAUUUAUAUAAUGUCAGCAUUACUCAAAUUAGUAUGGGAAAAAACGUCUCUGCUACAAACUUAACUGUGAUCAUAGAUACUGGCACUUCAUUUACUCACUUGACUGAUCCAGCUUAUAGUAUUAUCUCUGAAAAGUUCGAUUCACAGAUUAAUGAUCGAAAGCUGGCAGUUGAUCCAGAGAAUCCUUUUGAAUUCUGCUAUUUAACAAGUUCAAUCAUCGACGACUUGAACAUUCCCAGUAUUAAUCUGACAAUGGGAAGUGGAGGCAUAAUCACUGUGAUUGAUCCAACAAUUAUUUUUAAUACUGAGGAUGGUCGAUAUGUAUACUGUUUAGCUGUUUUAAAAUCUGAAAGUGGCGAACAUGACAUAAAUAUUAUUGGAGAGAACUUCUUGACUGGCUAUCGCAUUGUUUUUGAUCACGAGAGAAUGGUAUUUGGAUGGAAGGAACACGACUGUGGUGAAGUUGUACCUGUCAGUCCAAGACCUCCCUUUUUUCAACCAACCGUAUUAGGCACACCACCACCAAACAGAUCAGGCGCACCAUCAGCUUUAGCACACAGCUACUUCUUAAUCUGCACAAUUUUGAUCCUGAUUCUAUCUGUUUAACAGAUAAUUCUUUGGAUCGGAGCAGUUCAUCCAAAUACACGUUUCAACAUUUUAUAGAGUACAAUGUUAGCAGGCUACUUGGUUAUGGAUAUAAAUUAUGACCGUCAGUUUGUGUAACUCAACCCUUUACUUGUACAUAUGGCUCACUACCAUAUAAUGAUUUUUUCAUACAAUACAGCAGUAAAUAGAUUGGAGAUUUUGCAAA